UGUGUGAUUAUUGUACAUUUCAGUUAGUGAUGUUUCAAACUAAAAAACUAUAUGAGAAGCCAAAAGGUCUAAAGCAGCACCUGAUCCAGAAGCUGCUGUACUGCACAGGAGAAAUGGAGCACUUCCACACGUACAUGCAGGAUCAGGCUUUCCUUUUGCAGCUGAUGGAGUGGUUAUUGCGGGGUGUCUCUGGUGUGAUCAUGGUGAAUAACCCUUUGAGUGGAGCUCUGAUUCUUACUGCUCUGUCAAUUUCCAGUCCAUGGCAGGCCCUGCUGGGAAGCCUGGGACUCCUCUCCUCCACAAUCAUGGCAAUCUUCAUUGGACAGGAACAUGCAGAGGUUUCCAGUGGUGAACAUGGAUAUAAUGGGAUGCUGGUGGCCUUAUUGAUUGGUGUUUUCAGCAAUGCAGGAGACUGGUACUGGUGGUUAUUGCUGCCUGCAUGUCUUGCUGGAGGCACAACUACAUUUGUACACAGUGGCCUGGCUGCUGUGCUGGACAGGUGGGAUUUGCCUGUAAGCGUGUUUCCCUUCAACACUGUCCUGCUGUGGUAUUUGGCUUGCACAAGUCCUGGGCACCCAUACUACCCCAAUCAUCCAGUCCUGCCACAAGGGGCAACACUGAGCAUCAACAGCACACACCUUGACAUACCACAGCUUGUGCAGGGUGCAGUGUUGGGAGUGGGGCAGAUCUAUGCUUGUGAUAAUCUAGGGUCCUCCUUAGUCAUUCUUGCUGCAGUGCUGCUGUACUCUCCAGUUCAGGCCUUUCACGCAAUGCUGGGAUCAAGUCUCGGGGUUCUGGCAGGACUUUCUGUAGCAGUGCAGCAGGAGGCUUUAUACACAGGCCUGGCCAGUUUUAAUGGAGCUCUGGGUUGUAUGGCUGUCGGAGGGCUUUUAUUCACAUUAAGAUGGAAAACUCAUGUCUUCUCCAUUAUUUGUGCUUUCCUCUCUUCCUAUGCAGACUUUGCCUUGAGCAAUCUCCUGGCAAAUGUGGGUCUCCCUGCCAGCAGUUGGGGAUCUACACUAACUAUCAGUCUUAUGCUGUUAGUUAGUGGGAAGAGCCUUUCCAAAUACCGCAUCGCCAUUGGCCGAGACAGCUCACCUGGAAGCCUCCUACACACUCCCAGCCAAUGUGCUGUGGCUAAUACAGACAGUACUUCAGUGUGACACAAACACCAUAUUUAUUAAUCGUGUCCGGUCCUCUACUAAAUAUGUAUCAUCGCUUCUCCGGAAACAUCUGAUGAAUGCAUCCCACAGGGAGUAAACUUGGUUUGCAAUAAAAAGCACUUCUUAAGAUAGAAGCGUGUGUGGGCAGCUUGAUUCAGCUCAUCAACUUUGCUGAUGCUAACACUGUUAGGAAAUAGGAUCGAGACAAACUGAGUUUAUGGUUCUGUGCUCUCUGUGUGACGUCCCACUCUCUGCCUCCCACUCGAACAGAUGACUUUUCACAGGCUGAUCCACUGUCACUGUCACCACUUAUCAUCAGCCUGGCCAAAAAAAAUCACACUCUAGUGUUUCCUUCAAUAAACUUUAGCUUUGAUCGAAGCAGCCAGUUCAUGUGUGAA